AUGUAUGAAGCAAUGGCUGCUCGCCAAUACCCGGCCCUACCCUCAGAAGUAGAGUACUUCUGGGGCCAGGUACGGCAGUCGUGGACGAUUUGCUGCAUACCAGACCCCGAUGAUCGUGAUCCCAUUCGGUACGCUAUUCUUGCCUCUACUGCAGAAGAACUUGCCGAUGCUUUCAACUGGCGGUUGGGUCUGGGACUGCGACGUGAUAGAGCCAAGAAUAUCUACCGCAACACGCUUGAUGAUGAACUUCCGCCAUGUGAAUCAGAAAUCGCUCCUGACUGGACUCAGAAUGGGCCUGCAAUUGAUUACCACUGGAUUAGAAAUUUACCAGACAACCUGCAAGACUCAUCGGGCAGACUAGUACUCGAAGAGGGUGGGCGGAAUUAUAACUUCGCAAAGAGGAAUAUUAUAACUAAUACUGGCUACUUUCGCACAGUCUAG